CGGCCGACAUUUAUAGUACUCGUCAAAAUGCGUAGUAACCUGGCUAGCUGGUCGCUUGGACGAAUAUCGACUUCGUUCGGGCAAAACAUACAAUUCGAUUGUCUGUUUCCUUUGAAAGGUUUUUCACGUGAUGGGUUGGCAGGUCGAUUCCAGUUGGAUGGGUCUGAGCUAGACGAAUAUCUGGUGUCGUUAGCAUUAAGAUGUAAAUAAUCAGAGAAGCAUUUUUCCGCUUUCAUGCAUCACAUGUACACUUUUGUGUCGAGCUGAUGUGGUGUCUUUACCGCAGCGACUGAUAUCUGUAACAGGGCUGAAAAAAUGACCGUAUAAACCACCAGACUUUGCUGGCCGAAAAGGCAUAUUUUUUGGUUGUUUUUUUAAUUUCGCGUUUUGAGACAAGCAAGAGGAGGCGUGCACGGAUGAUCUGAGCUCUGCCCCCUUCCGUCACAAUGAAAUAAAGCCUCGAUUUGAAACUUGGGGUCCCCUUUGUGAUGGGUAUUAUUGGAACAUUCUUACGGUGCUCUUGAUAUUCAUUUUGCAGAAUGGCGCGUUCAGGUGUGUUUGUGUGCUUAUUCCUUGCCGCAUUCGUCGGAGAAUUUUGCCUUGGUCAUGAGGAAGAGGUAGCUAAAUGCAUCGAUGGCUCUCAUCAUAAAGAGAAACCGUCUCCUGAAGGGCAGGACUAUGUUGAAUGUCAACCUUGGAAGGAAAAAACGUGCUGUACUGCAGGCUUCACCGCUCAACUUAAAAAAAGUAAUGUAGAAGUUUUGUAUAAUUUUUCAUGGAACCACUGUGGUAAUCUCUCUAAGGUAAGAACAUCGACAUCAAUUUGUUUGAUAACAACUAAUCAUUAUUUUUGUGCAAGUUUUGUGAGGAUUGCAAGUUAUGUUAUAUUCACAUUCCGAAAGCACUAUUAACUCAUUAAUGAUGUACAACCAUUAUAGAACCGCGUGGUUGUGAGAGACCUUCGCGCCCAUUCAGCGGUGACGUUUAUCAAGCUAUUACAAUUAGCAUAUCAAUUACUAAGAGCUUUUCAUCUAAUCGGGUGUAAAUACACCGGCUCCCUUAAGUUAAGAUUAAUUUUUUACUGUAAGUAAUUUUUGUUUACAUAACUCUUCAGUUAUUACAGUGAUAUCUGCUUUUAUUGUGGAUAGGAGGCCACUUUGCGGUAAUAAACUCUUCAACAAUAACAUUCUCGUAAGUCACUCUCCGGAUCACCGUCGCGACAUGAGCCAGCGUGUGAGCAAAUUUUUGUUUUUCCAACUUUCACGAGGAACUGUCUUUCGUUGAAGUGAAAGCAAAGUCCGACGAUAGAACGUUUUCUGCUGAUGAAUCGGAAAGUAUUUUGAUCGUUUGUGCCUUGAUUGCAUCAUUGAAAUCACGUGAAAAAGAGCAAUUCAUCAUGCACAUUGACUUGAACGUCAGAUUCGUCUGGCUGCUUUCUUUUGAAUUUUGGAUUACCACGAGUUUUUCUUUCAGGGUAAUUUAGUGUUAUCAACUGAGUUGAUAACGUAAAUUGGCUACCGUAAAGAGUUUAAAGACUGACGUUUCGACCGCUUGAAAGGUCAGCUUUUAAACUCUUUACGGUAGCCAAUUUACGUUUAACUUAUUAACUCAGUUGAUAACACUUAAUUACUCUGUUAUACUCUCCCACCGACGCAGCAACACAGUUUCUUUAGAAAAUUACUCCCUUUAUUUAUUUUUCUUGCGUAACAUAAGAUGAUUCAACAUAACAUGAUUCAACUUCGUUGGUCAGAAAAGGAAUAAAUAUUUACCUACAUGAAAAUUAUUCGUAAAAAAAAGCUCAGUUCAGCAAAUCUAAUCAGAUGGGUUCUUAUUAUGGGCCCUUAUUUUGUUUAUUUUGCGGAAAAAUCUGUCACCAGUUCCCUGAGACAAGUGCGCCCGGUGAUUUUUAGAUCUACCAAAUUUGUCAAGGCUUACUGAACUUCAGAGACGCCGUCGUCCUGCCUCGGAGCAGGACAAAUUUCUUUCAGGCGUGAAACCUGACAUCUGUCAAUUUACACGUCAUGAUUUGAUGGAAAUGUCAAUCAAAAAAACUUGAUAUCUAUUUUUAGUCGGAGUACCCGCCGAAAUUAUUUCUCAGAUGCGCGGCAAUCAAAAGGUGAAGAUGGAAGAUUCGUACUUCGGUAUGCUGCAUAACGAUCCUUACUCAGAAUAAAACUAUUACGGUUCCCAAGUUUACGUUCCAGCUGCAUCUUCAGGGCCAAGUAUUGUUCAAUUUAUAUCGGCUAAAGUAAUCGACAGCGCUUUCUUUUGGAGCCUGUAUUUUUAUGUGUCCUAUCGAUGGCGCCUGCUAUGUUUGGUAGAUCCGAAAAUUCUUCGAACGUUGCGAUGGAGGCUCAAAGUUAACAAGUACUUUGUCGUGUCUCACUGCGCCUACGCUUGACAAAUUUUGUCGAGAUUUUUGGUAGAGCCAAACAAAUAUUGACAGUCCAGUGCGUUCGGACUAUGUCACGCUACGUCCCCCGACAGCAAAGGAAACUUUUUUCUUCGAACGUUGCGAUGGAGGCUCUUGUCUCAUGUGAUUGACACAUGUGGCUAACAAAUACUUUGCUGUGUCUCAGUGCGCCCACGCUUGACAAAUUGAAAAUUUGGCGGAGACAAAUUUUGUCGAGAUUUUUGUUAGUGUCAGUCCAGUGCGUCCGGACCCUAUGUCACGCUACGUCCCCCGACAGCAAAGGAACCAAUGUCAACACGUCACAAAGUGCACUAUUAUGUUUCGCACGAGUUCAAGAAAAGAAAUUCACAUCCGAAGUACAAUGAGCCUGUAUUGUGAAUUAUUUAGCGUUUAUGCUUUUUGUAUAGAAUAACCGAGAUAUUUCGAGCGCCCUGAUUGGUCAAAAACCUAUCGUUUGAUCCACGGGUAACCUCAUACAAAAUUGAGGCAAUUUAUUUUUAUUUUAUGAAAGCAAUAGACCGCUCUUUCUAUCGGUCUACCAGCGUCGUAUUAGCUCACGCGGAAUGUUAGGAGAACACUUGCAAAGUUUUUUAAAUCAUCCGCCUCCCGCUCGUGGGUCACAAAAUUUUUUUGUAUUCUCCCAACAUUCUCGAGUAGGUUAAAUACGACGCUGGUAAACCGAUAGAAACUAAAAGUGUGGUCUCUGAGCGAUUCUUUUAACGAUUCCAAUCGCUGUAGUCGAGAGUACUGGCUGCCUGAGUUGUCUGACCUUAACUCCCAUACUCGAAAUCAAAUGGCGAUUAUUUUGACAUUACUCUGGGUCCAUAGAGAUCAUGCGCAAGCGAUACUCUUUCUACGUUUUAUCUCUGCUUUGGGUUACAACUCCCACCACCACGUCCGCUUGCUUACCAGUUUUCGCGCACCCGCUCUAGUUUUUCACCCGUCUCUAACAAAGGGCUGACGUUUCGCGAAACGAUAGCUUUAAAAACCCUCUGCGGUGGCUCAUUUACAUUGUUAACUCAGUUACGUUAUAAAACCAAAUUAUCUUUUAAAACCUCCACCGAUGCAGCACCACAGUUUCUUUACAAAAAUUAACCCCUUGAGUUAAUCCACUGACUGAGAACCUAGCAUGGCCUACACCUCAUCGGUACUACUUUGGCUGAGGGAAUUUCUCGACUAUCCAGUUGCCCAUCAACGUUCCUGACAGUAUGUCGCGAAGUGUUUAGUUCGCUAGUUAUGAUUUAGUAGCCAUUUGUAUAUAUUAAGCAGUUAGUUAAGAUUUCAAUUCAAAGUCUGCAAUUAUUUGGGUUUUAGCUAUCACGGUGAGAUUUCUGAUUUUGACAGUCUUGUCAAACUUCCAGUGGUGGACGUGCUUCGCUUGUCUACUGUUCUUGCCUUGGAUCCACACUAAACUUCUUGAUUUGGCUUUUGCAGUCAAUGAUUGAUUGUUUGAUCGGAAGUAGUGAGAAUGUUGUUGUUCAUUCUUGAAAAUAUUUGAGUUAGUGUUCUGACAACAAAUGUUUAAUUAGCCCCGAAUGUCCACUCAUAGCGAAGACAAAGGCGUGUUGUGUGGAGUUCAUAGACAGUGGGUCAAAGUCAGAGACACAAGAGUUGAUCAGUCAGUCAGAGUAACUGAAGGAGUAGUCAAAGAGGAGAGUAAUGAGGGAAUUGAAUCCGCUGUUAGAAGAAUUGUAACGGAGAAAAGAGGGUAAAGAAAACAGAAUGGGAUAUGCCUGUAGUCCUUGGUGCCUUCUGCGAAGCGUGGUACGCUCUGUAGCUAGUUUCCCCUCCCAGCCAAGCUGAAAACUUUUUUUUUUUGUGGUGCUUUCAAAGUAUGACAGAAGCUGCGGAAGCAGCAGAGAUGUGGAUGUUAAGACAAUGGAAAUCGCAUUUGUGGUCUCAAUAUUUUGGUUUAACAGAGGAAACUGUCUCAAAAUCUCAAUUACUUGCGGCACCACUUUUUAAUCUUCCCAUCAGAACUUAGGGAAAGCACAGUAAAGCUUAUUUGACUGGAUUUUAUGUGAAAUAAACAGCGCUAAACAAAGCAAUCGUUGAAUCACGUUUUGAAAACAAAUGUCCCCUAUGGAGGGUAACACUCCUCUCACUGUAUACUAGUAGAGAAUAUUUGAUCUUAAAGGAUCCUAGUCAAAAACGCCUCUGUUUUUGUUUACCUUCGGGGCGGACGCACUUGGAUGAUAGACCACAAUGGCAAUUUCACGAAUAUAGAUAGCAUAGAAAAUGACAGACCGAGCGCGCAAUGUCUUGUUUUUGACUAGGAUCCUUUUAAAAAACACUCGUACCCCUGAAACCAAGUGAAAAUAAUUAUAUUCUUUUGCUUAAACUAAAUGUUUUUUUUUCUUGAAAAGGAGUGUGAGCGGUACAUAAAACACGAAGAGUGUUUCUAUUCGUGUGAACCUAGCCUUAUCAAAUGGCAUACCUCUGGUGGAGGCGUAAAAGGGGUUCCAAUAUGUGCUGACUAUUGUGAUAAAUGGUACGAUGCCUGCAAAAACGAUAUGACUUGCGCUGAAGAUUGGCUGGCGGAUUUCAACUUUACUUUAAGCCAGUACUCCUGCCGAACUGAUUCCAAAUGUCUCAGAUUUAGCGAGGUAAUGUCAACUGUUAACAGCGAUUAAGUGAAGGGCUGGCUGGUGUAUGUUAGUCUUAGCUUGCGGUGGGAAUCCUUGACAAACAGUUCUUUGAACAGGGACAAAUGGUCUUAUGAGACCAUGGGGUCGCCUUCCCGACUUGCAGGUUUGUGGAAGCCGCACGAGAAAAGAAGAGAAAUUUAGUGUCAGAUUCUCUCGCAAAUCACGGGAAUCAGUCACGGUGAUUUCCUUUUACAAAUUCUUAUGAAAGCUUCAAUUUUCUUUCGUUUAUUUUGCAAUACAGCGGUUGUUUUGUAUAUAUUUUCCUUAGAAAUUUUAGGCGGGAAAUUGGCGCGCGGGCGACCAAAAUUGAUCUCUUCGCGAAUCCCCUACGUUUUACUGCUGUGUUGUGACAGUUUCUCAAGCCUGAGUUUAGAAAACAUGAGAAGAAGUCAUCGUCAGGGUUUUCAUGAAGACGACUUCCGCUUUCAUAAUCGAAACGUAAUUUCCUGUUGUUGAUAAGUUGUAUUUUCAUUUUCAUUUUCAGCUGUAUAAAGACGGAGAAGGAUUAUGUAACAAAAUGUGGGGACAAUCAUUUAUGUACGAAAAGAGCAACAAUUGCAUGGUGAUGUGGUUCGAUGGCAAGAACCCAAACGAAAAGGUCACGCCUGAUACGACCGGUGCCGCAGUAACAAGCUACCAGUCUAAGUUCAUCAAUAUAGCUUUGGCUCUAAGCUUAAUUAAAUUACUAUGUUAAGUUUUCUACUACCAGUGAUAAACAUGGUAUACUUGUGUGUUUUCCGAACUGUAAGUCCAUCCCACUGUAUGUCGAUCACACAAGCUGUAGAACCUGGCGUACAAUUGUUUAAUUUUUGUGUAAUUUCUAUUCUGUUAAUCCUACUUCUACUUUCAUAUUGCGUAAUUUAUGAAAUAACUUAAUUUUAUUUUUUUUAAUUUUUUAAAUUUUAAUUGUAAUUGAUGUAUUUUAACAGGGAAGAGCCACCUGUUUUAUCUGUUAAUAAACCAUUAUUAUUAU